AUGGCUCACUCGAUAAAAGUUGCUGCGGCCAAGAUAGUGGAGCAGAGGACUCAUCAGAUACCUGGUAAGCUGAGGGUCACCGAACACUUCUUCGAUGUGCCCAAAGACUACUCAAAGCCGGAUUCCGGGACCAUUCGCAUCUUUGCUCGAAGCGUGAGAAAGCAUGAAUCACCCGCAGAUCCUAGUGAUCAUGACGAGAAGAAGAGCCAACUGCCAUGGAUGGUCUUCUUGAAUGGCGGCCCUGGAGGGCCUUGCCGACACCCAAGUGCUUAUCCCUUCACCUGGACUAUCUUGGACAAAGGCUACCAAAUGCUCUACCUUGAUCAAAGAGGUACUGGCCUCAGUACUCCAAUUACGCCCAGUACGCUGGGCUUGCGUGGAGAGAAUGAUGUACAGGCGAGAUAUCUCAAGCUCUUCCGUGCUGACAGCAUCGUACGAGACUGCGAGGCCAUUCGACAAUCCUUGACCGCAGACUACCCCUCUGAGAAGCAGAAGUGGAGCAUAAUGGGACAGAGCUUUGGUGGAUUCUGCAGCAUCACAUAUCUCUCAUUCUACCCUCAAGGACUGCGUGAAGCUUUCAUAUAUGGCGGCCUCCAACCGCUUGUAAAGCAACCCGAUCCAGUCUAUAGAGCACUAUUCAAAAGAGUGGCCAAGCGAAACAAGGACUAUUACAACAAGUACCCCGAGGACGUUGACAGGGUCAAGACGAUUGUCAAAUACUUGCAGCGCUUUGGUGACGGAGUCAUCAAAUUACCGACCGGAGGCAAUUUGACCGCAAGACGCUUCCAGCAAAUGGGCAUCAUAUUCGGAAUGCACGGAGGCAUUGAUAGCGUGCAUGAAGCCGUGCUGCGUGCGGCCUAUGAUAUUGAAGCUUUCGGUCAUUUGACUAGAGGCACGCUCGCUGCCGUCGAUGCGCUCACGCCUUUCGACGAAGGAGUCAUAUACGCUAUCUUGCACGAGCAGAUCUACUGCGAANNGGCAAAGCACCCGAUUGGUCUGCUGAACGCGUGCGCAACGAGUUCCCAGAGUUCCAAAUCACUUCGGAGGGACCUGUAUACUUUACAGGCGAGAUGUACANNGAUAUUCAGUUGGAUGUUUGAAGAUUACAGUGAACUUCGCAAGAUCCAAGACGUCGCAAACAGAGUUGCUGCGGACUCUGAUUGGCCAGCAUUGUUUGACGAGGAGCAGCUCAGCAAAAAUGAGGUUCCUGUGUACGCAGCCGCGUACCAAGAAGAUACGGCAGAAAAGAUCAAAGGAUGCAAGACCUUCACGACCAAUGUCAUGUACCACAACGCGAUUCGCAGCAAGGCAGACGAGGUCAUCAGGCAGUUGUUCGAUUUGAGGGACGAUGUUAUUGACUGA